AUGCCCGGGAUUGUGGUGUUCCGCCGGCGCUGGUCUGUGGGCAGCGAUGACCUCGUCCUGCCAGCCAUCUUCCUCUUCCUCCUCCAUACGACGUGGUUUGUGAUCCUCUCGGUGGUGCUCUUCGGCCUGGCCUACAACCCCAACGAAGCCUGCUCCCUCAACCUGGUGGACCACGGCCGCGGCUACCUGGGCAUCCUCCUGAGCUGCAUGAUUGCUGAGAUGGCCAUCAUAUGGCUGAGCAUGCGGGGGGGCAUCCUGUACACGGAGCCCCGCGAAUCCAUGCAGUAUGUGCUCUACGUGCGCCUGGCAAUCCUGCUCAUCGAGUUCAUCUAUGCCAUCGUUGGCAUCGUCUGGCUCACCCACUACUACACCUCCUGCAAUGAUGUCACCGCCAAGAAUGUCACCCUCGGAAUGGUUGUCUGUAAUUGGGUCGUCAUCCUGAGCGUCUGCAUCACUGUCCUGUGCGUCUUUGACCCCACCGGACGAACCUUUGUCAAGCUGAGGGCCACCAAGAGGAGGCAGCGGAACCUUCGGACCUACAAUCUGCGGCACCGCCUAGAAGAGGGCCAGGCCACCAGCUGGUCUCGUCGGCUCAAAGUGUUCCUGUGCUGCACUCGGACCAAGGACUCCCAGUCGGAUGCCUACUCUGAGAUCGCCUACCUCUUUGCGGAGUUUUUUCGGGACCUCGACAUCGUGCCAUCUGACAUCAUCGCAGGACUGGUGCUUCUGAGGCAGCGACAGCGAGCCAAGCGCAAUGCAGUUCUGGACGAGGCUAACAAUGACAUCUUGGCUUUCUUGUCUGGGAUGCCUGUGACCAGAAACACCAAGUACCUGGACCUAAAAAACUCGCAAGAGAUGCUCCGCUACAAAGAGGUCUGCUAUUACAUGCUUUUUGCCCUGGCUGCCUAUGGUUGGCCUAUGUACCUGAUGCGGAAACCCGCGUGUGGGCUCUGCCAGCUGGCCCGAUCCUGCUCGUGCUGCCUCUGCCCCUCUCGCCCCCGGUUUGCCCCUGGAGUCACCAUUGAAGAGGACAACUGCUGUGGCUGCAAUGCCAUCGCCAUCCGCCGCCACUUCCUGGAUGAGAACAUGAGCUCAGUGGACAUCGUCUACACCUCCUGCCACGACGCGGUCUAUGAGACGCCCUUCUACGUGGCUGUGGACCAUGACAAGAAGAAAGUGGUGAUUAGUAUCCGAGGAACCCUGUCCCCUAAGGAUGCCCUGACAGAUCUGACUGGCGAUGCAGAGCGCCUCCCAGUGGAGGGGCACCACGGGACGUGGCUGGGACACAAGGGGAUGGUCCUCUCUGCUGAAUACAUCAAGAAGAAGCUAGAGCAAGAGAUGGUCCUCUCGCAAGCCUUUGGGCGGGAUCUGGGCAGAGGAACCAAGCACUACGGCCUGAUUGUGGUGGGCCACUCUCUGGGUGCAGGCACCGCCGCUAUCCUCUCCUUCCUCCUGCGCCCUCAAUACCCAACUCUCAAGUGCUUCGCCUACUCCCCCCCGGGGGGUUUGCUGAGCGAGGACGCCAUGGAGUACUCCAAGGAGUUUGUGACCGCAGUGGUCUUGGGCAAAGACCUGGUCCCCAGGAUCGGCCUGUCACAGCUCGAAGGGUUCCGAAGGCAGCUUCUGGAUGUCCUGCAACGCAGUACCAAGCCCAAAUGGCGUAUCAUCAUUGGGGCAACCAAGUGCAUCCCCAAGUCGGAGCUGCCAGAAGAAGCCGAAGUGACCGCCACGGCCAGCAACCGCCUGUGGACCCACCCCAGCGACCUGACCAUCGCUCUGUCGGCCAGCACGCCCCUGUACCCCCCAGGCCGCAUCAUCCAUGUGGUACACAACCACCCCGCGGAGCACUGCUGCUGCUGCGAGCAGGAAGAGCCCACGUAUUUUGCUAUUUGGGGGGACAACAAGGCUUUCAAUGAAGUCAUCAUCUCUCCGGCCAUGCUCCAUGAGCACCUGCCCUACGUGGUCAUGGAGGGACUCAACAAGGUGCUGGAGAACUACAAUAAGGGGAAGACGGCCCUGCUCUCUGCAGCCAAGGUAAUGGUGAGCCCCACGGAGGUGGACCUGACCCCAGAGCUCAUCUUCCAGCAGCAGCCCCUGCCCACCGGCCCCCACUCCCUGGAGCCUCCCCCUGCCGCCCCGAGGAGCAGCAGCAUCAAGAGCAAGUCCCAGUCCGAGGUGAGCCUGGAGGGUUUCUAUGAGACCAAGGCCUUGUCCCCCACAAGGAAGGACCCGGUGGAGCUGCUGCUGCUCACCACCCAGGAGCGCCUGUCGGUGGAGCUGCAGGCCCGGCGGGCCCCCCUCGCCACCAUGGAGAGCCUGUCGGACAAUGAGUCCGUCUACAGCUUCGACUCUCGACGCUCCUCCGGUUUCCGCAGCAUCCGCGGCUCCCCGAGUCUGCACGCGGUCAUGGAGAGGGACGAGGGCCACUGCUUCUACAUCGACCCGGCCAUCCCCGAGGAGAACCCCUCCCUCAGCUCAAGGACAGAACUGCUGGCCGCCGACAGCCUGUCCAAGCACUCGCAGGACACGCAGCCGCUGGAGGCCGGGCUCGGGGGCGGCGGGGAGAGCCCGCGGCGCCGCUCCAGCGCGGAGGAGGGUGGCUCGUCCCCUGCGCCGGCCAGGGGGGAGCUGACCCUGCAGAACGGGCGGCUGGGGGAUUCGCCGAGUCCCCAGGUCCUCGAGUUCGCUGAGUUCAUCGACAGCCUCUUCAACCUGGACAGCAAGACCAGCUCGUUCCAGGACCUUUACUGCAUGGUGCUGUCCGAGAGCCCGGGUGGGGACUAUGGCGCGCUGCCCAAGUCGGUGAGCGAGCAGGAGAUCCUGCUGCGGGCCCAGUACGAGCCGAACCUGGUGCCCAAGCCCCCCCGGCUCUUCGCCGGCUCCACCGACCCCUCGUCGGGCAUCUCGGUGUCGCCCUCCUUCCCCCUCAGCUCCUCGGGAGAGCUCAUGGACCUGACCCCCACCGGCCUGAGCAGUCAGGAGUGUCUGGCCGCAGACAAGAUCCGGACUUCUCCCGCUGGUCACGCAGCCAGCCCCUCCAAGCAGGAGGACCUCAUGAUCUCGGCCCUCUAGUUCUGGGGGUGGGGGGAGCUCGGACCCACCACGCG